AAAUACACUCCUAAUUCAAAUGAAAGGAGAGUUGAACUUCAAACAAAAAAGCAGAGUUUGUAAAACCAUGAAGAAACAACAGAAAUGAAAUGCAAAAGUCGCAGAUAAACUAAAGGGUAGGAAGAACCCAGAAAGAGCAGAUCAGAGGAUCCCCUUCUUCUGUCCCUUUCUUUCUUUUCUUCCCUCCUCUUACAAAUAAUAAAGAUAGCUUCUUUUUUUCCUUGUAGUUUUCUUGUUCUUCACCUCUCUCUCUCUCUCUCUCUCUCUCUCAAUGGAUCGUGGUUUCAUUUCCGCCGCUGUUCUAAUUCUGCUGUCUCUUCAUUUCUUCCCAGAAGUUCGAUCGGCGUCCUUCAGGAUAGUCAACAAGUGCCGGUACACUAUCUGGCCGGGCCUGCUCUCCGGCGCCGGCACCGCCCAGCUACCCACCACCGGUUUCGUCCUCAAGAGCGGCAAGGCCAAGACCAUCACCAUCCCGAAGUCGUGGUCCGGCCGCAUCUGGGGCCGAACCCACUGCGGCCGCGACUCCUCGAGAAAGUUCUCCUGCGGCACCGGUGACUGCGGCUCGGGUCACCAAGAAUGCGCCGGCGCUGGCGCGAAGCCUCCCGCCACCCUGGCCGAGUUCACUCUGAACGGCGCUGGAGGACUGGACUUCUACGACGUGAGCCUCGUCGACGGCUACAACGUGCCGAUGCUGGUGGUGGCGAAGGGAGGAGCGGGCGGCGGAUGCAGCGCCACGGGGUGCUUGGUGGACCUGAACGGGGUGUGUCCGCGGGAGCUGAAGGUGGCGCUUGCGAACGGGACGGCGGGCGUCGCGUGCAUGAGCGCGUGCGAGGCGUUCGGUGACCCGCGAUUCUGUUGCAGCGAGGGUUACUCUACGCCCGACACGUGUCAGCCGUCGGCGUACUCCCAGUUCUUUAAGCACGCAUGCCCGCGCGCGUAUAGCUACGCGUACGAUGACAAGACCAGCACCUUCACUUGUGCCUCCGCAGAUUACAUAAUUAUAUUUUGCCCGAAGCCUUUCACAAGCCAAAAAUUGCUAGGGGCACGAAGGAAAGCAGCGGAGCUGCCACUGGUGAACAAAACCAUGAUGUACAUAGCAAGAAGGCAUGCGAGCAGUGGAUCAUCCUCAGCAGAUUUGGUUCCGUUGCAGUUUGUGGUUUGUGCUAUUUCUGUUGGAGCAGCAAUUUUGCAUUCUUGGCAGCUAUCAUGAGUCAUCUUCACUUCACUAAUGUCCGUGGAUACUUCCAGAUCCUAGCUCAUGGAACCGCACAAAUUGGUAGAAGUAAUCUUGUACAUUUGUUCCCACAUGCUGCAAAGUUCUUCAGGGGAGUUUUUGAGAAACCUUGUUCUCAAAUUUUUGACCACUGUUGCACAGAUCAUUUUUCAUGAGAAAAAGUUGAAAGUUCACACUUCAACUGAGUUGUGAGUUCCAUAAAAAUUGAUAAAAUUAUGGUGGUCCUCACAACACUGAAAUGGUGACCUUUGGUUCUUAAGAUUAUUUGCUAUAUAUGAUGGAGUAAUUUCUCUGAUCUCAAUGGCAGCAACUCAGAUUUCCCUCCAACAUAGUGCGAGCUGCAUGAUCCAAACGGUGAGAUUAUUCCUUAAAAAGUAUACAUGGCUUUGUGACGACAGAAUUAGAUAGGCCUGAUUUGUAUUCUUCUUUUGUUUUCUGUAAUUAUGCUUGUAAAAGUAGCAAGGUAGUUCCAUGGUAGAAGACAUUGGAAGUAUUCAGUGCGGAAGAGAUGUAUCUUAAUCAUGCCUCGCUCUUGGAAAUCAUAUUCGAUUGGAUGUAUCAGUUAUCAGUUAUGGCCCUGUUGAUUCUUCAAUUUAUACUUCAUCUUUUCUCUU